AUGAAGCCCAUAAAGUUCCCCAAGUUCAAGCUUCCUUGGCGAUCGACCACUGCACACCCAACAGCGUCCAACCUAGCUGCACCGGCCAUUGCACCCUCGUCCAGCUCAGUCGCAUCCGUGCCAGGUCACUUUGACUCGCUAUCACCUCCCUUGAUGUCCACCACUUCUCUCCCGGUAGCCAAUAAAGAAGCGAGGCGCAACGCGGAGCGCGGUUUGUAUGUUGCGCGCACCUUCCCGCAAUGCACAUCAUCCCCCUGCGCUGCCUUUUGUACGACACAACAAGUGCGUCAGCAACGACCUGGCUUUUUAUACGAAACCCCAGCCCACAACGACAUCCUGGAUUACCUCACGAAUCUCACAAACUUUCUCAGCGCUGGAAAGUAUGAAGGCCGCAAUGGCGCAGCCACUCGAACUCUGGUUGGCGCUAAGGGUAUCGGCAAGACGGCCACUUGCAUGACAUUCAUCAAAGCUGCUGCCAGCCUUUGGCCUAAUGUGAUACCGGUUUAUCUCAAUUACACGGGCAUUCAAGCACAAACUCACCCUCUGGUAGACGAGCACGGUGGACUGAACAGCGUGCUACGCGCGCUCAAGGUGCCCGAUGAUGCCAAUUUUCAGGUGGGGCAGGGUCAGCCUGCGCACGCGGCCCUGCUGAAUUUUUUGGAUGCUCACGGCCUACGUAUGCUGCUUAUCGUCGAUGAACUUGACGAGGGCUACCGUUUUGCGACGAGAGACUCUUUCGCCGCCACGUUGGCCGGAUUUCAAGUUUUUGGAAACAGCACCGAAGGUCUGGUUGCUGUUGUCUUGUGCGGCUCCUCCGCCACGUUGCCCAGUCUCAUCUGUGGCGACCAGGAGACGGAGUUCCCUCUAAGUUUUCAAGGCAUGCCCAAUUUAAAUGACACAAAGUUCUCCGUCCAACGCGUCUACACGCCGACGCCUGUUGACAUCGAUGUCGUGGGAAUGCUACUGCGCCAGCCGAAACCCACGAACGACAUUCUUGCUCGUCACCGUCAUAUACUCUACAUGGUUGGAGCCAAUGCACGUGAGAUUGGCAAGGUGGACACCGGCACAGCCACGCCACCCAAUGACCUGUCGAGCAGCGAGGUAAACACGAAUUACAUGAAUCACUUUGCGGCACGGCAUCUCCACUUGGCUAUGUUGGACCUGCUCAUUCACGAUAACAAGUCAAUCCUCCUUCGCAUGUACCCUGAGGACGCUACGACCGACGACGCUGAAUACAUUCAACAAAAUGCAUGGCAUUCGGAAUUCAAACCGCUGGAACAGGCCGACGUCGACGACUUGUGGAAGACUCUUCAAGAUGGAGGCAAGGUGGAUCGGAAAGACAAGUCGCGGUUGAAUGAAACACUACACUACUUGCUUGAUCGCGGAUACAUCGCAAUGGCUCGAAGUUCGACUUCAAAUUCAUAUUUCCCGUAUUCUCUUUUCAAUUUGGUCGCGAGAAUGUUGGAAAAGCGUGACACGAAGCACAGGAAGCAAAUCUUGAGGACGGUCUUGCCAGUGGCUGUUUCGUUGAUGCAAACCGCUGCGACCGCCGCGGUUGCCCUGGCAUGA